GCGUAGAUCGAAAAAGCUCACAAUGGAUACAGUCUAUGGCACCAAGAAAUACUUUCAGAGCUUGUCGGGCGUUAGUGAUAUAUAUCGUACGCAGACAUGUCGCCAGAUGAACACCUCGGAGUAUAAUUAUCAGAAUACCUUGGGUCGGCGUUCCCAAUUAGGUGCCUACUAUCAUAUGAACAAGCAGCCAUCGUAUACGAAUGACCACAGCAUCAAUAGUCAAUAUGGCUAUAACACCUGGGGCAUCUGGCGCGAUGGACGCAACAUCGCACCAUCAACAUUCUCAACCAAAACCCAUACGCACUAUCCAAAGAACCGAUCGUUCUCGAUUAUACUCACCACAGCUGCGUUUAUAGUGCUGCUCGCUGUCAUCUCCAUAGCUGGGCUAGCAUUCUACUUUAGCUCAAUCAAGGCCACGCUUGAAGAUCCUGUGCUUGGCUUCGAGGGUUCCUUUCGCAUUGCCAAGGGUGAUCUUUACUCCACCGGCCUAAAGUACAACCACACCACCACUUAUAAGCAGAAAAUAGAUUUUUACAAGCGUUUCGUGGAGCGCGCACUCAGCGACAAUGGGCUGCAACCUUUGCGCACAGAUGUUUGGGGCUUUGGUGACGGACCGCUGAUCAAAGUAUCCUUUCGUGUAUUUCUGGAUGUGCGCAAAUUGCCGCAAAACAUACUGAGCGUGGAGGAGUACAUUAAGGAGUCGCUAUUCUUGGAAACAUCCGCUACAAAAUCGCUGUAUCGCUCGCUACGCUUAGACACGGAAUCUGUGGAGAUUAAACGCAUUUUGGAUGAACAAGUUGUGCGCUCAGCUGGCAUACUAAAGGAAGCUCAAACGGUGCCCACCAGCCAGACGCAGCUGGAGAAGCGCCUCAUGAAAAAGGGCGGCUCAGCAGGCAACUUGCAGUCAAAGGCUGCUGGUUUUACAACAGCAAAGCCGCGUAGUCCCAGCGCACGGCCGCAUACUCCGGAUGAUGAGCCUGAUAUUGAUGUUGAAAAUGCGCCCGUUAUACAGGGAUCUUUUGAGGGUUCAUUUGAAAUAACUAAAACGGAUGCGGAUAUUGCACACAAGAAAACAUCGCCGACACGCUCCUAUCAAAGCAGCAGUCUGCCGCCCAAAACUAUUGCGGUUACGCCUUAUUCCUUGCGCGUUAAGCCCAAGAAACCCACAAUUGAGAAGCUGACCACGGUAACGCCGCCGCCACAAACACAGGCAACAAAAGGCAGCAACAGCACCAAGAAGCCAGCAAGUACCACUCCCAAGCCCAAAGCAAAGCCCUCAACAACAACUACAACAACGACCAGCACAACAACAACAACAACCACAACUACUCCCAGACCCACAACAACUACUACA